UGAUUUCCGGCUUAGAAUAACUUUCAGUGUUUUUCACUGCAUAAAGCAAACAUAGCACCACGCAAUUUGUUGGGCGUCGUCGAAUAGUGAUACAAAUAACAUUUGGUUAUAGUGCUACAUGGAUGCAUGGUGAUUCACAAAUGGACUCAAUGGAUCCAGAAAUUGAUUCUGAUGAUGGCAACUGGCCUGAGUUCCAGGACUCCUCUGUUAGAACAGAGAGGUGUCUGUUUGGACGAGAAGAGGUUCAGCUGCCUGAAGUUUUUAUAGAACAGAGUCAUAUAUUUCAAGACGUGUUAUCACAACAGAUGUGGGACACAUCCCUUAGUGAUGCACAAAAACAACAUCUCAUGAAAUUCCUGCCAAAGUUUCCUCAAAAAGAUAGCGAAGAAAAAGAAGAAACUGUCAGGAGAUUAUUCUCUGGUGAUGAGUUUAAGUUUGGAAACCCAUUAACACAGUUUCAGUCACAACUAAGAGAUGGCUUCUACUCCCCCGAUAUAGCGAGAUACACGAAUCUAUGCAAGCAGUACAAAUACCGGGAAUACAAGUUCCGGCAACAGAGGUACUACUCAUCUCUACUCAAAGUUAUCCUGACAAGACAGCGGGUUCUGGAAGAAGUGGGUCAGGUCCCACCAGAACAGCCGAUAAAAUUGAAGAACACACAUGCCCCUCCACCUAAAGACAAGUCACUUGAACACAAGGUCAAGAAGAAAUAUUCAAGGUUACUGAAGGAGGUGCGAGAAGAGUGUGAGGUUGAUGAAACUUCCUCUGAUGAGGAAGAGGAAGCUGUCAGUCCAGUCCAGAGGAGUCGGAGACAACUGUUCAAGUCUCUGGGCCCCAUCCCCUUCCCUGAGCCGACCACACCCAGUGUCCUUGCUACCUUUGCUGCAAAACCCCCCAUUGUCAAUGGUGAUGUUGCAGGUGAGAAUGGUAGCAGUGUGAAGCGUCAGCGUCCCAUCAGCCCAAUGGAAGUUACGGAGGAGGACUUCCGUCAGAUGCUGAGGAGUCACAAGAGGAAGAAGGCUGAUAGUGUGGAGUUGCCCGAGUUGGACACACAGAAUAUCACGCUACAGGACAUUCUGUCUCGGUGUCAGGCCAAUAAGAAAAUCACAGCCAAAGCAUCUCCAUCUUCAAGUACAACUUCACCAACAGCAACAACAGCAGCAGCAACAUCAUCGGCACCAACAACACAAACCUCACCAGUGUUGAAGAAGAAGAUCAAGGGGAAGGAUAGGGAGGAGAAGAAAGCCAAGAAGAAGAUCAAGACAGAGUCUGUGGAUUCUGGCAGUGUGGAUGAGAGAGUUGCCUCCCCUUCCAUACAGACGGCCAGCACGGGACUGGAGGUCCAUCCAGAUAUCCUUACAAGGGAGGACGACACUGUGCCUGACUUUCCUUUACCUGACACUGGACCGUCAAAGUUAGACAACUUCUUCAGUUUACUGCGUGAUGUGAUAAAUGAAUUUCCUGAUCAGCGAGUAACCACAGCCAAGCUGGAAGAGAGGAUUCGAGAAUGGCAGGAGUCCCCAUCAAGCUCUCUCAACUCAUGGUUUCCAAUCCAGGCGUCAUGGGUAGACUGCGUUGUGUCUGCUCUCAAAUUCCUGUCUGGGGAUGUACUGGGUCUGUCGGUAGACAACUUCAUCCCUUAUUUGGACUAUAAGGAGCGGGCCCAGCAGUGGAAGUGGAUUGGGAUGGGGAGAGACACGGAAACAGAGUUAGCUCCCCUGUUCCAGCACUGGAUGAAGAACAAGGAUAACGUGAUGGCCGACGGCCUGGACUCCAGUCAGGGCUCACCGCCCCCACCUAGAGCGAAGACGGCAUUUGUUGUGCGACCAACCAGUCAGGAGGAAAAAGCUACAUUCCAGGAGCAGGAGAAGAAGAGGUUUGAGAAUCCCCACAAGGCUUUCAUCUACCACAUGCAUGGCUAUGAGUCUGUGGUGGGGCCAGUGAAAGGCGUCUACAGCAAGGAUAACGCCAUGAACAAGGCCAGGGAACAUGCCCUGCUGGUGUCUGACCGACCAGCCUUUGUCACCAUACUCACAUUAGUGCGUGAUGCGGCAGCCCGAUUGCCGAACGGUGAGGGAACGAGGGGGGACAUCUGUGAGCUGCUGAAAGACUCUCAGUUCCUGGCUCCAGGGGUCACAGAUACACAGAUCAAUACUGUGGUGAGUGGGGCUCUGGACAGGCUGCACUCGGAGAAGGACCCGUGUGUCAAGUACGAUGUCAAUCGCAAACUCUGGAUUUAUCUCCACAGGAACAGGACAGAGGAAGAAUUUGAACGAAUCCACCAAGCUCAGGGUGCAGCAGUCAAAGCCAAGAAAUCUCUACAGAAACCCAAGACCGCAAAAACAAUCAAAGAUGCAAUAUCCGCCCAAUCUGCUCCACGCCAGACAGUCUCCACCAAUCUUGCCACAGAGGCUGCCGCCACCCUCAAUGUUGAAGAUCUCGCCACUCUGCAGUCUCAGGCAUUGACCAGCCCCUCCAUUGUACACAGCCCCAAAACUCUUGGCCAGACCACGUUCGCACGGACACCACAGUCAAGUCCCAAGAUGGCCUCUCCUAAAAAUGCAAAUCUGACCUUGACCUCAUCUUCUUCCCUCAGUGCUUCUCUUGCUCAAUCUCCUCUCAAGAACACUACCCAUCUGCUGACAUCACCCACCAGUCUAGCUCAAACAUCCAAACCUGUGGGCGUCCCUAUGGUGACGGCCACAGUCCCAGGUGCUAUAACAGCCAUUUCUCAGGUGAAGGCUGAAACUGUUGGACGUAAAAAUCAAACUGUGAACUUGCUGCAACAGCAGCAUUUAAUAAGACAAGGCGGUGCCAUCACCGCAGCAUUAGCCAAUCAGCAAGUAGGGCAGAAUGUAACCAUGACAACAAAGGGCGAGAUGGUGCUACAGCGACCAACCAGUACGUCAGUGACUGUUGCAGGUGCUCAUCAGGUGCCAAACACAGCCAAACUUAUCUCGUUAGCACAGGUGACGACAGGUAUGGGGACGAUGACGACUCCGGUGUCGACGGUGGUGAGUUCGAUGUCUGGAGCGGACAGUCAGGCUGUAGCAAGGCUGAUACAGCAGGUGCAAGGGGGACCACAGAUGUUGUCAGUCAGCAACCUUCUGGCUGCUGGAGGGGCAAGUACACCCAGAUUACAGGGUGCAAACCCACGCACAACAACCAUCAAGAUUCAAGGAAGCAGCAUAGUCCCUCCUGUUGGAGGCAAACCCAUCCAGAUCAGUGGGAAGCCCCUCACUCACUCUAAGAGCCUGAUGCAGCUAGGGGGAAAGAACCAGCAGUCCCUGGGGAUGAUCCACACACAACAGUUGUCGGCAAUCAGUAUCAUACCACAGACAAUCACCACCUGCAUCGCCACCCUCUCACAGCCGCGCAGUGUCGUGUCUUCAGCGACCUCCAACACAGGUGUGACGGAGGUAUCCACAAGCGGACAACAGCACAUGACGGUGGGGCAGCCAAAGAUGACCAUAGUGGGUCAGGUGGGGCCCAUCACGUCCACGCAGGCCCAGACAGUGAACAUGGGAGGUCAGCCCAGGGUUGUGAACACCUCGCCUGGAGGGAUCUUCGUCACACAUCUCGCACCAGGAAUCUCACUCAGACCAGGUUUACCAGGGGUGGGCCAGGCCAAGAUGGUGUCGGCCAGCCAGGCUGGUCUAGCACAGCUCAUCAUGCAGCAGACACCUCAGGGACUGAAGGCUGCGGGCGGUGAAACGGUCGGGGUCGUGCCCAAUGUCUCACAGGGAACACCUAUCAUCGUCAGCAAUGCAGGGAAAGGUGGUCAGAACAUCCAGGUGGUGCGGACCGUGUUGUCCCAGCAGGCUGGUCUGAAGCCAGGGCAAGCCACCAUCCUCAUCUCGCAGCCCACCCUCCAGCAGAACCCAGCCACCAUGAUGUCCACAUCCCAGGUCAUCCAGACCACCAAGUCCGUCCGGGGCUCGCCCAAAGGCAAACCACAGCCGGUGUACGCACGUAUCAUUACGCCCCCACCGGGGAUGAAGCUGACGAAUGUGCCCCAAGGCACGUCUGUUGGUGCCUCUGGUGUUAGUGUUAUACAGACUGUAGGGAAACUAGUGAACAAUGUAACAACAGCAACUGUGCAUCAUCCUACGGUGACAACGGUGACGGUGGCCACGCCACCAUCAACACCGUUGGCAGCUGUAGAGAUCGGAGACGGAACAGGAAAGACAGAUUCUGGAGAAAGUAAAUCUUAGGGUAUGAUUAAGACCGUCUGCUCAGACAUUAUAAUCUUCUUCAUCUGGGAUGUUAUGGAGUCUGUACAGAGACUACUAGCCGAAGUUGUUUAACAACAUCAAUGAUAUUGUGUGUGUCUGGUGUGCUUGCUCAACAGAACAUGUCCAGAUGUGGAACAAGGGGACAGGAUGUCUGAAAGAACAAUGAAAUUAUUAAUGUUGUUGGGAAGUUCAAUAUCCAAUAUUACUGUGCUAAAGACAACAGAAAGUGUAAUACAUAUUAGGUGGCUGGUAAUUCAAGGAGCUGCAGGUUCAAUGAGUGUACAGCUUUAUUGGACAUGAGGACAAUUCCAUACCUACAUUUUGAACAGGAGUGAAACAUGGAAAGCUAGUAAUGACCUCCAUGGAAAGCUUGGAAUGACCUCCAUGGAAAGCUUGGAAAAACCUCCAUGGAAAGCUAGGAAUGACCUCCAUGGAAGCUAGUAAUGACCUCCAUGGAAAGCUAGUAAUGACCUCCGCGGACAGCUAGUAAUGACCUCCAUGGAAAGCUUGGAACCACCUCCAUGGAAAGCUUGGAACGACCUCCAUGGAAAACUAGUAAUGACCUCAAUGGAAAGCUUGGAACAACCUCCAUGGAAAGCUAGUAAUGACCUCAAUGGAAAGCUUGGAAUGACCUCCAUGGAAAGCUUGGAAUGACCUCCAUGGAGAGCUUGGAACGACCUCCAUGGAAAGCUAGUAAUGACCUCAAUGGAAAGCUUGGAACGACCUCCAUGGAAAGCUUGGAACGACCUCCAUGGAAAGCUAGUAAUGACCACUAUGGAAAGCUUGGAACGACCUCCAUGGAAAGCUAGUAACGACCUCAAUGGAAAGCUUGGAACGACCUCAAUGGAAAGCUUGGAACGACCUCCAUGGAAAGCUAGUAAUUACCUCAAUGGUAAGCUUGGAAUGACCUCAAUGGAAAGCUUGGAACGACCUCCAUGGAAGGCUUGGAAUGACCUCAAUGGAAAGUUCGGAACAGCCUCCAUGGAAAGCUAGUAAUGACCUCCAUGGAAAGCUUGGAAUGACCUCCAUGGAAAGCUUGGAACGACCUCCAUGGAAAGCUUGGAAUGACCUCCAUGGAAAGCUAGGAAUGACCUCAAUGGAAAGCUUGGAAUGACCUCCAUGGAAAGCUUGGAAUGACCUGCAUUCAGUCACCUGAGAUCAAGCAGUGUGAGCCCGACUUGCCCGAGGUGUGUCACAAUUGUGUUCAAGAUGACACUGUCUCAUGCCAUUUCACUUGCAUCACCCAACUAGAAUCAUGAUGUACCCUAACAAACAACUAGACUCACAGGAUAAAAGGCCUUGUGUUUGUCUGAAGGAUUUAUCAAUUAGGACUUUCUCUACCAAGUUGUUUGAAGUAGUGCAAUUACUGUGCAGAGUUGUGUCCCUUAGGCUUGCCAGAAUCCUCUGACCACGGGUUCAGAUUCCAUUAUGUUUCCAGGUUUGUCAGCACCAUAUCCCUGCUCGGGGUUUCACCAAAGUGGUAGACAUCUUUAGACUUACAUUGUGUUUCAUCCAUCAUUUAGCUGUAUGUCACUCAUUGCUCAGUAUAGUCAGCAGAAAUUAUCCCAGGACGGUGAUGUUUUGACUUAAGCAACUGUUAUGAAGCAUCAGGUUUGUUUGGAAUGGUAUAAAGCUCAGGUAAUUGUAAUUCUUACGUUAAAAUUUAAAUCCACUCAAAACAUUAACUGAAAGACAAGUAAAGACUGACAGACUGUGAUGUUUUUACCGAUAAUGGCUGGGGUUGCACUAUAACAUAAACAUCAAGAUGUAAAUUAUAUGCGAAUGGUAAACAUGUCAUCAAAGGUCAAAUGAAAAGUCUGGCAACUAGUGGUCAAGGUCACUUACUUACUGUGUACCCAUGUUAGUAAUCACAAUCACCAUACAUAGACGUACGAUUAUUGUAACUCUACGAUUGUUUUGGGGAACGGGAUCCAGGGCUGCAUUCCACUACGUAAUCACAACUAUCGUACAUACCACUUACGACUGUUGUAACUCUACGAUUGCUUUAUGGAACGGGUCCGAGGGCUGCUUUCCACUACGUAAUCACAACUAUCGUACAUACCACUUACGACUGUCGUAACUCUACGAUUGCUUUGUGGAACGGGUCCGAAGGCUGCAUUCCACUGCGUAAUCACAACUAUCGUACGUAGACUUACGACUGUCGUAACUCUACGAUUGCUUUGUGGAAAGGGUCCGAGGGCUGCAUUCCCAAGUCAUCACAUUACAUAGACUUCCAAACAGGGCAGUUUUAAUUGUUUGAACAAAGAGGGUUAACAGGGAGGUUCUAAACCUGCCCAUUCCAUGUCUGUUGUUGUGAAUGGUACUCAUUGUAUGAUUGUUGAAGUUCUCGUUUACUUUAAAUUCCUAUUUUGUUGUGGAUUUUGUUGUCGUUUCAGUGAGUACAUGCUAUGAUGUGUAGGCUUCCUCACCUGUUGUUUGUUCUGGCUUCGAGUGAUUGCAUAUGCAGCAUCCAGAUUCUCAAAGUUAGCAUCCCAGGAUCAGGGCUCCAGACAGCUGGCACACAAAUACAAAUGAAGAUUGUGAAAACCACCACCACUCUGUGUAACUCACAAAUAUUCACUCACAUGGGGUUUGAUAGGUUUCUUGGGUGUUCAGUAUAAUUUGACUGGCCGACAAGGCUGUUGGUAUCUCUUUAUCAUGGGGUUGAUAUUUUUGUAACAAAAUAUUCCCCCAGAAUAGUGACCUUGAUAUGUUUUCACAUACUGCAUGAAAUAUAUCAUGUUGUGUUAACAGUGACAAACUGUGAAGAUCCGGGUUAGAAUUGGUCUUCAGUAACCCAUGCUUGUUGUAAGAGGCAAGUAACGAGAUCGGGUGGUCAGGCUCGUUGACUUGGUUGACACAUCACCGUACCCCAGUUGUGUAGAUUGAUGCUCAUGAUGUUGAUCACUGGAUCAUCUGGUCCAGACUCGAGUAUUUACAGACUACCGCCAUUUUGCUGGAAUAUUGUCGAAUGAUGGUUCUAGUCUCACCUAAACAGCAACAAACCAACUUUGACAGAUGUCGGACAUUUUCUAUGCAUUAAUCACUACAGCUGAGUUCCUGCACAUGUGAUUCCUGCACGCUGACUAUAAUCAAUGGCAAGAUUGACAGUUGUGGAAGAUAAAACAGAGAUAUUGGAUGAUUACGCAGAGAGUUUAUCUUUAUCAGGGUCUUCAUUUGUAUUUGUGCUGAAGUCAAAUUGAAUUAAUUGGGUAGUGGUGAUUUCCUUUAGCAUGUCUUAAGCAAAUAUGCAGCUUGUCUGGAGCUCAGAAAAACAGUUUUGUAUCGGUUUAAGAAACUCACAUUUGCCAGAAUGUAACAAAGCUAAGGCAGAAGUGUCUGCAUGGUACUGAUGAGCCCAGAAGCCUUGAAGCAGUUCUUCCUGAACUUCAGUCACUGGUCAGAUUUAUUAGAACUCCACACAGAUGAGCUGUGAGAAUAUGAAUGAUAGGUUCUAGUUUAGAGAAUAGGCGAGACUAGAACCAUCAUUUGUAACUUUGUGAUGUAGAGUACAAGCAAACUAAUACUUAAAUAUUUCCUCUAAUUGUUUAGCAAAGAUUGCACUUGGCUCACUUGCACAAGGCGAUCCUAUGGCUACGACAAUUGUAAGACUAUGUUAAAGUAUAGGAGUUCCAAUUGUCGUAACGCUAAGAUGUCUUUCUGCAAGUGGGCCCAGGGCGUCGUUCCACAAAGCAAUCGUAGCGCUAAGAUGUCUUUCUGAAAGUGGGCCCAGGGCGUCGUUCCACAAAGCAAUCAUAACCCUAAGACGAUCGUAACUCCCAUACUUUAACAUAGACUUAGGACUGUCAUUGCACUACAAUCGCUUCGUGGAACGAGGCCCAGAUCAGUUUGUGAAGCACAGCCAGAAUAACUUGAACUACACCUAAAACUCAGUGUUCUGUGGUUAUAGUUAAAGCUUCAUUCGUAAAUGGUGAACUAAUUUAGCUCAAAGAAACAGUUUCACUCCCAUGGAACCCAGCAAAUAUGUGUGCGUGUUUUGAUGUUCUUGUCCCAGAAUGCAACACAUGUGAAUCAAGUAGUUGACAUGCAGUACAUUGUAUUUUACUUGUGAUGGUUAUUCAGGAAUCUAUUAGUGUGUGAAGUGUCAGUGUGUGUGUAUGUGUGUACCCAUGUGUGUGUGUCUGCACGGACAUCUGUAUGCGUUCUUACAAGCCUGCUGGCUCAGGUGUUGAUUGUAUCUGUGUUUAACCAUCAUCAAUUGGAGAACCAUCAGAGAUUACAUAGCAAGCAUCUUUCCAAGCACAGAAGUUUGUACAGAUUAUUUGUUCAAGUAAAUGCAGUGACAGAAAAUACUUUCUCUAACAUAAGUCCAGAAUAUUUACUGGCUGGUCCCCAAGUUGUAAGGCAUUUUAUAAUUUAGAUCCCUGUAGCCUAUACAGUAAAACUGUUAAUGUCGGGAAAAGAAAAUCAUAAUCAUCACCAUCAUCAUCAUCAUCAUCAUUUUCGUCAUCAACCAGUCAUUUAACAUGUUUAUGGGCCAUGUUUUUUACACUUUCUGUUUCAGUGAAACAGUCAACGGCUCUUGUUGUCAUACCAACUUCUAUGAAGGAUGACUUGAUUUCAGACAUCACUUUGUUCAACUUAAUCAUUUGUGUUACAUUUUGUAUGCUAUUAUGUAUUAUUUAUGUUGAUGAAGCCACUUUGGCUUUCUGUGCUAUAAUCUCUUUGUGUCUAAUCCAGGGAUUCAGAUGUUGUUGUUGUUAGAGAACUUUCACAGAUGAAUGUGUGAGUGAGUGAGUUUCCACUCCUGUAUAGUGAAUGAUGAUAGCUCAGUUGUAUAUGCAGUCUCUGAAGAAAUUGUGUAUUGUGAUAUAUUGUAAAUAUGUACAUUUUCCAAAACUCACUUUUGGUCUCUGCUGAUGAGAAAUACUGACAAUUGAAAUAUAAUUUAUUAGAUAUG